GCUAGCAGCUAACGCGUUAGCCGGGAUGAAACCUUUACAAAUGACCAACAGCUGAGCAGUUUAUGUGGAAAUUAGACCGAGACACACAGGUGUUAAUCUCUAUUGAAGGAUUAUUUUACAGAUCUCUAGCAAAUACGCGGAUGGCACGGACAGCACUUGUCGUGGGACCUACUUAAGAAAAGAGGGAUAUCAACCUGAACCUCUGUAUGAGUAAUGAACCUAAACCCCUUCUGGAGCAUGUCUGCCAAUACAAGUCGCAAGGUAAAACCAGACAACGAGGAACAGAGUGGGCAUGGGGAUCAGAGAGCCAGCCCCGCCCGACUGCCCUUUGGCAAGAAGCAACUUCCAGCCAUUCCUAAGAAUGCAGCCCCUAUUACCAAGCCUACAGCAAUGAGCACCCCAGCCCAGUCAGCCAAUGGCACACACGCCUCCUAUGGCCCCUUUUACUUGGAGUACUCUCUGCUGGCUGAGUUCACACUAGUGAUUAAGCAGAAACUCCCUGGAAUUUAUGUCCAACCAUCCUACAAGUCGGCACUAAUGUGGUUUGGGGUCAUAUUCAUCAGACACGGCUUGUACCAGGAUGGAGUCUUCAAAUUCACUGUGUAUAUUCCAGAUAACUAUCCAGAUGGAGAGUGUCCUAAACUAGUGUUUGACAUCCCCGUCUUCCAUCCACUUGUCGACCCGGUGUCUGGAGAGCUCGAUGUCAGAAGAGCUUUCACCAAAUGGAGACGGAAUCACAACCACAUCUGGCAAGUCCUGAUGUACGCACGCACAAUUUUCUACAAGAUCAACACCACAGAACCACUCAACCCAGAGGCUGCUGUGUUAUAUGAAAAGGACGUGCAUUUGUUCAAAAGCAAAGUGGUGGAUAGUGUGAAACUAUGCAACAGUCACCUUUUUGACCAGCCCAAGAUAGAUGAUCCCUACGCAAUAAGUUUUUCUCCAUGGAACCCAGCUGUUCAUGAGGAAGCAAAAGAGCGAAUGUUCACAUAUAAAAGACGACCUGAGGAUCACCACAAGGGAACGCAUGUGUCAGGGCUGUCUUGGGUGAAGCCUGGAUCAACGCAGCCCUUCAGCAAAGACGACGGUCCUCCCCAGUGAACCUGAACGGUCGCCACAGCAGCCACUAGAGGGAGGCACACGCAUCAGAUGCCACGCCUCUGGCUCACCUCAGCUGUUUGCGAACUGGAUCCUUGAAACAGUUGGGAGAACUUUUAAAUUAACUCUCCACAGUUAUUGCUUGGCUUUAAAAAACUUCAUAGGUGUCUCCUCAAACAGCUUUAGAGUAAGGAAACAAAGUUUGUAUCAUAUGUAAAAUCGACGAUGACAAAUGGAUGUCUCAACAUCAUUCAGGCUGUGAUGCAAUCAAAGAGCUUUCUCAUUCAUAUUUUCGGAUCCAUGCACAUGUUGGGUUAGGUGAUGAGAUACUGUCCCAAAAGGAGAUGAAAAGUAUGAGCAAAGCAAUUUGCAUUCAUACGGUAAGUAUAGUGGACUACAUGAUCUAAACCACUUGUUGAAAUUGGCUCAGGACUGUUUAUUUGUCAGACUGGGGAAGUUGUCAGUCACAGCCGUGUGAUAUCUUAACCUUCACCCAUCCCAAUGCCCGAUUAGAUUCACAGGACAUGUUUUUAUAUUUGUUUCUUAUUGGACAGUGAUUUAUUUUUCCUGUGUAAACUAUUGUCUUACACAGUUCAUAAUAUAUAAAUAUAAAUAUAUAUAUAAAAUGCAGAGCUCACAGGUAUGGUUUUAAAUGAGAUGCUAAAUAAGUAAGCUCGUGUUUUUAUUUUGUCUGAUUUUUAAAUCAUUUUGAAUGUUUUAUGUAAUCUUAGCUAUCGGUUAUUAAAGGUUUGAUGUGUAAAUAAUGGAUGCUGUGCUAAGGUUUGACUUCCGAAAGUUGUCUGUGUCUGCUUGGAUUUUCUAAGUAAUAUUUUGGUUUUAUUUGCUUUCUUUGCAAAUGUUAUGUUCCCUUGCAUAUCUUUUCUGCACAUGUCAAAUAAGUUGCAGGAUUCAUACAUAGCUCUGAAGAAAUGUAUUUUGAUAAGUUUUAGUUCUUCACUACUGAACAGCACACAACAGAUGGUAAUAUACUAGAAAACAAUUAGUCAGACUACAAGACUACACAUUUUCUGUAGUUCCAGGCCAAUCUCAGUUUGUAUUUGAUAUGCAUAUCUGUUGAGUUAUCUGGCCUGAUAGAAAUGUUACCCGGCUACUUUCAAUAUGCAAGGGUGUGGAAACAGGAUGGCAUUUUUUAAAAUGUGUGGGAACCCCAUAAAGAAAUUACUACAUGAGAAUAACAGAUAUGGUGCUAAAACCUGUUGGAUCUAUUUAUAGAUAGCUGUGAAAGGCAAAGAUGUAACAAAACCUUUAGUGUACUUCACAUACUGCUGUUUGGGCUGUUGGCAACUUCAAACGAGUGAGGUUUCAAUGUGUUUUGUUUGGACCCAUUUCUGCUCCAGUUUCUGAAUGACAUUACUGUGUAGAUCACAUUAAAUUUAAAUGCUUUUCUCUGAAAUCAAUAAAACGAUUGAAA